UGCAGACAGUCACUCUCAUCUGAUUUGGGGCAUCACUGAGCUGAAGACAGUGAGAAACCUGCUACUACUAUGUGCUACGGCAAAUGUGCACGAUGCAUUGGGCAGUCUCUGGUAGUGCUUGCGGUCCUCUGCAUUGUAGCUAAUAUUCUGCUUUACUUUCCCGAUGGGGAAACAAAGUACGCCUCUGAAAACCAUCUCAGCCGCUUCGUGUGGUUCUUUUCUGGUAUCGUAGGCGGGGGCUUGCUGAUGUUCCUGCCAGCAUUUGUCUUCAUUGGGCUGGAACAGGAUGACUGCUGUGGCUGCUGCGGCCACGAAAACUGCGGCAAGAGUUGCGCGAUGCUUUCUUCUGUACUGGCCGCUCUCAUCGGAAUUGCAGGAUCUGGCUACUGCGUCAUUGUGGCAGCCCUGGGCUUAGCGGAAGGACCAUUGUGUCUCGAUUCCCUUGGCCAGUGGAACUACACCUUUGCCAGCACCGAAGGACAGUACCUUCUGGAUACCUCCACAUGGUCCCAGUGCAUUGAACCCACACACGUCGUGGAAUGGAAUGUAACUCUGUUUUCUAUCCUCUUGGCUCUUGGCGGAAUUGAAUUUAUCUUGUGUCUCAUUCAAGUAAUAAAUGGAAUGCUUGGAGGUAUAUGUGGCUUUUGCUGCUCUCACCGACAGGUAAGAACAUGUGUGAAAAUCGAUAUGACUGCUAAAAGAACCACCCCAAGACAGAACCACAAUUUUGCUCUAUUUCAUUGUAAUUUAUAUAUUUUACUUGUAUUAAUUUGUAAAACUUUGUACUAGUGUAUCAUACUCCACAUAUUCUACUUUUAUAAAGGUGUAUAAAGACUGGCACCUUCACGUGAUGUUAGAGUUUGAACUUGGCAAACAAACGUUUUUUUAAGGAAUGAGCAAGCAAACCACACUCGGGAAGUAAUUUACAGACUGGGUGACAGUCCUUAGCAUAUUGGAGAUAAACUCUAUAAUGUUGUGAUGAAAAUCACAUCCCAGUUACUAUUGUAUAUAUGUGUGUGUAUUUUUUAAAUGAAAGAUGUCUAAUUGCUUUUUUUUGAGACCAAGGAGGAGAAAAUCCAACAACAUGAAGAGCUGCAUUUUUUCACUGUUUAUAUGGUGUUUCCCAUUCAUAUGGCUACAAAUCUCUAACAAGAGGUCUUUUGAACUGCUUUGUGUUCUGUGAGAGACGAAUACUUGCCCAGUACGGGAAGGUGAAUUGGGAAUGCUCCAACCCAAAUGAGUGAGCCAGAGCAGGCAGUGCUGCUAGAUCCUAGACUUUUCUAACACGUGGACAAGCACUAAGGAUCAUGUGUUUAAAAAGAAAAAGGCUAGAACUGGACAAGAAGAUGGGAAACGGAAUAAAGCAGUUGAUCAGCAUCACGGGAAAAUGGGGAAGGGGUAUGAGAGCAGGAGGACCACGAGGAAACAGCCCCAGAACUUGCUUGUUUAUGACAAAAUAAAAUAUUUACUACCA